CCUCACCUUCGCGCACUCUCCUUCACCUUCACCUUCACCUUCUCCUUCACGCACAGCUGCUGAUUCUCCUUCACCUGCACCGCUCAUCUCUCUCUCGGCCGAGCUUCACUCUUCAAGCCCGACGCAGAUGGAUGAAACAAUUCUUUCGACAGUUACGACCACAGUUGCAUCUGUUCUUGCUGUUGGGCUUGUAAUCUUAAAAGAUAUUAGAUUUAGGAGAGUAUUACGAAGGGAACCUCAUGUUAAUCGAGAGUAUGAAAGAGGGAUUUAUAUGGAUAGUAUUCUUUAUGGAAGCAGACAAGAUUGUAUUGACCAAAUAAGAAUGAGUCCUGUAUCUUUCUUUGAAUUAUGUAAAAUUCUUGCUGAGAACAACCUUAUACGUGAGACCAUUCACAUGUCUAUUAAGGAACAGGUGUUGAUAUUUUUACACAUUAUUGGGCAUAAUGUGAGGUUUCGAGUGGUUGGUGGAAGGUUCUAUAGAUCAAUUAGGUCUAUUCAUCGAUAUUUUAAGGUUGUACUUGGAGGAGUCUUGACGCUAUAUAAACAUUUAAUUAAACAACCUGAUAACUCUACUCCGCUGGAAAUAAGGAAUAGCCGAAGGUUUUACCCAUACUUUAAGGAUUGUGUUGGAGCAAUAGAUGGAACUCAUAUUCGGGCAUCUGUUCCAGUUGAAAUCCAAGGAAGGUUUUGUGGUCGAAAAGAUCGAACAACACAAAAUGUGUUAGCUGGCAUUACUUUUGAUGUAAAAUUCACAUGUGUUAGCUGGCCAGGGGGAUUCAAAAUUCCUGAAGGUAAGUAUUAUCUUGGUGAUGCUGGUUAUGGAAAUCGAAAUGGAAUUCUCUCCCCCUAUCGUGGUGUUCGGUACCAUUUGAAAGAGUUUAGUGAUCAUCCACCUGAAAAUGAAAAAGAAUUAUUCAAUCUUCGUCAUUCGUCCUUAAGAACCACCAUUGAACGAGGAUUUGGAAUUUUGAAGAGGCGUUUCCGUGUGUUGGAUGCAGAACCAUUUUGGUCGUUCGAAACACAAGUGGAAGUAGUUUUAGCAUGUUGUGUCAUUCACAAUCACAGUAUGGGUGUUGAUCCUAAUGAUUCAAUUAUGGAAGAAGCUGUUUGUGAUGUUGAAUCUCAAAAUCAAAGUGGUAGAGUCUACCAAACAAGAAGGGAAGUUCAAGAGGAAAAUAGAGAAUGGACAAUCAAAAGGGAUCAAUGGGCAAAGGCUGCUAAAGGAAAUAAGCCUUCAAACACAUUCAAACCUGUGUCAUUCGCACUAGUUGCCAAGUCAAUUAGCGAGAAAUUUGGAGUUGAAUGUGUACCUGACCAUGUUGACAACCGCCUCCGAACCAUCAAGAGCAUGUGGAAUAUCAUCGGCACCCUCCGUAAAAAGAGUGGCUUUGGAUGGGAUGAAAAUUUGAAGAUGAUAACUUGUGACAAGAAGGUGUAUGAUGAGGAAGUGGUGGCGAAUCCUAAGCAUGAGCAAUAUUUAAAUAAAAAAAUUGAAAUGUACGAUGAGAUGGCCAUAGUUGUUGGUUCAACCAAAAGGUCACAUAGGAAAAGAAGUCGUGAUGAUAGUGAAGAUGGAUAUAAUUUGAUAUUUGAAAAGUUGGGAGAGGUUGCAUUAGCGCUUCAAGCUCUUAAUAAGGGAGUCGACGCAGAUCAUCUGUAUCAGGAAGUGAUGAAGGUGGAAGGGUACGAUGAGUUUAUGCUUGCAACUGCAUUCGACCAUUUGAAUGGAGAUGAGAAGCUUGCAAGAGGAUUUUUAGUAAAGAAUGCUAAACUUAGAAAGUUUUGGUUGGACAACUUCUUCAAAAACCAUGGAAAUUAG